AUGGGUGCGAGUAUGCAGCUGUCGGUGGAGCCGCGUCAUCAGCUGCGUGAUUGGGAUCAAGCCGAGCGCGAGGAAUCUUCGUGCCUCUCAAUAAUAACAACAUCAACAAUAACAAGCAACAAAGAGUUGUACUACAACCUGCUUCAACGGAAAGUGGACAUACGUGCGCCGACACAAUUGCAGCCCGCAUACGUAGUCGACAUCGUAGGUCGCAGGCUCUCGUCAAGGUCGCUGUUAUGGAUAAAGACGGACCAUCAAUGGCAUCCAAAAAAUAUCAGAGAGUGUUUUGCCGAGAUCCUUAACGCCCUCGCGUUCAUGCUUCGCCAAAUCUAUAUCCGAUGCCAGAUUGUACUCUUUCACGAACACCGGUCUCCAGAGGGAACAGAUGAACCGAUCCGCUUGCAGGUAGCUCGUACGCAACGCAGCAGGUGAGCAUCGUGCAGCGAUCCUGCGCGCGAAAUCGCGUGUGUAACUCCCGUACGAAGCACUUAUGAACAUUUUUCACUU